ACGUCCAGAAAGACGAACUCAGGACAGAACGGAGUUUGGGUGUACGAGAUCGGCUCCUCGCCGUUCUUCUUCGCCAUAACCCCCGGGUUGGUGACCAGUCUGCCUGAGAACGCCACCGAGCCGCCCGUCACCAUGUUGCCGAGGCAGCCGGACGAAGCCCAGCUGCUUCCAGGAGAAAAGGACGAGUUCCUAACCGAGAUUCCUCACCGACCCAGAAACCCGGAGACUGAGACCGUCACGCCGGGCUUUUUCGAACCAGAGACCGAAGAACCGGAUUACCCAGAAUACCACGAAUCUGAGACCUUCACACCACCGUACACUGAACCUGAGAGGGCUCAGCCAAGGUACCCGGACCCGUCUGAACCGAGAUACCCGGACCGAACCGAGACCAGAUACCCCGAGCCUUUCCAGCCAAGAUACACCGCCCCCGAACCCACUGAGCCUCCGUACUCUCCGGUCGAGCCCGGGUACCCCGAUCCCGUCCAACCCCGGUACACCCACCCUCACUCAGUCCAACCAGUGCCACCCCAUUCCAGGCCCCAGCAACCCCAGAUCGUCGUGGUAGACGAACACCUCGAUGUGAACG